AAAUAAAGGGAGGAGAGAAGCGCAGGAAAAGAAAAAAAAGUCUUUUUCAACAUCACAUUCCUGUGUUUUCCCUCAGCCUGGAAAACAUAUUAAUCCCAGUGCUUUUACGCUUGGAAACAAAGGGACUAAGCCAGACUGUGGGGGAAAGGGUGAUAAGAAGGAUCCUGGAACUCUAAAGAGAGAGCAAGAUUCAGGACUAGCUGGGACUCCACUUCCAGGGGCGCCCUGUGUUGUCGGCACAGGGGACUGGCACACACAGACACACAAGACCGAGCAGAAACUACAGACAAAUGGAGAAGCAAAGACUUACAAGGACAGCUCCUUUCACCUCAUCCUACUUGUCAAGAAGGUGAAAAGACAGCCAGAGGAAAGAAGAAAGCAGCUCAGCCCUCAGGUCAGGACAGGCUGUGGGUCGGUGGCGCCUUUGGGAGCUGGAGUUGCAGCACACCCCCCUUUGUACCGCUCAGCCUGCAAAGGAGAAAGAGGCUUGGGAGGAAAAGUAUUUCAUCUAGAAAACUGUCCUGGGACCACACUUCAGAUUGCCUUUUAAACCCUCUGCAUUCCAUCUCCAUGAGCCACCAUUGGAUUGCACAAUGACAUGGAGAAUGGGACUCAGUGUUACCAUGCUGCUGGCAAUGUGGCUGGUGUGCGGAUCAGAACCCCACCUCCAUGCCUGCAAUAGAGGGAGCCACGGAGGGCGGAAGGUGCCCCUGGUCUCCCCCGUCCACAGAAGGCCAGCUCGGCUUCUGAGGCACACAGGGAAGGCUCAGGACUUGAGAGAACCACCUGUGGAAGAACCAAAGCUUCCGCCUCUCCAAAGAAGGAGGAGUGUACCCGUGUUGAGGGUGGCCCCCGCAACAGCCCCGCCAGCCCGGCCGCGCGGCAGUGGAGCCCCGGCGAGACCGAAGCAGAGACCAGGAGCCCCGAGCUCUCCGCGUGACAUGAUCCGAGAUGAGGGGUCCUCAGCCCGUUCCAGGGUGUUGCGCUUCCCCUCUGGGUCCAGCUCUCCCAACAUCCUCGCCAGCUUCGCAGGGAAGAACAGGGUGUGGGUCAUCUCGGCGCCGCACGCCUCGGAAGGCUACUACCGCCUGAUGAUGAGCCUCCUGAAGGACGAUGUGUACUGCGAGCUGGCCGAGAGGCAUCAGCAGAUCGUGCUGUUCCACCAGGCCGGCGAGGAAGGAGGCAAGGUGCGCAGGAUCACCAGCGAGGGCCGCGUCCUGGAGCAGCCCCUGGACCCCAACCUCGUCCCAAAGCUCAUGAGCUUCUUGAAGCUGGAGAAGGGCAAGUUCGGCAUGGUGCUGUUGAAGAAGACGCUGCAGGUGGAGGAGCGCUACCCGUAUCCGGUCAGGCUGGAGGCCCUGUAUGAGAUCAUCGACCAGGGCCCCAUCCGCCGGAUAGAGAAAAUCAGGCAGAAGGGUUUUGUCCAAAAAUGUAAGGCGUCUGGGGUAGAGGGCCAGGUGGUGGAGGAGGGGAACCAUGGUGGAGGAGCCGGAAGGCCAGGCCUGAGCGGUGAGAAGAGAAAAGAAGACCAGAGGCGAGCACAAGUCCCGCCGACCAGAGAGACUCGAAAGGUGCUCAGGAAGCCGGCCACCACCACGGCCGCUGCUCCCCCCGCUCCUCCAACCCCAAGGGCCACCACCACCCUGUCUCCUGCUGCAGUGCCAACAGUGACCCGGGCCACCUCUCGGGUGGUCACCGCGGCUGCAAGACCGACAACCACCACAGCCUUUCCCACCACCCAGAGGCCCUGGACCCCCAGGGCGCACCCCUCCUCUGACGCCCACCGGCCCCCAGCAACUGCUGAGGUGGCCACGGCCAGGGAGCCCGGGGUCGAGAAUCUCUACCCCCAGCCCAGGAAGGAGCAGCACAGGGAGAGGCUGCAGGCCACCAGGAGGCCCAGCAAGGCCACCAGCUUGGAGAGCUUCACGGCUGCCCCUCCCACCACCGCCUCGGAGCACAGCACGCGGGCGGGCGCGGGCCGUCUCCGGGACAACCGCACCGACCGGCGGGAGCACGGCCACCGACCCAACGUGGUGCCAGGUCCACAGCCAGCGAAGGGGAAACCUCCCAAAAAGAAAGUCCAGGACAUCCUUAGCAAUGAGUAUGAGAGUAAAUACGACCUCAGCAGGCCAACUGCCUCUCAGCUGGAGGACGAGUUGCAGGUGGGGAAUAUUCCCCAGAAAGCAAAGGAAUCUAAAAAGCACGAAAAGCUGGAGAAACCUGAGAAGGAGAGAAAAAAAAGGGAAAAACGAGAAAACGACAAGUUACUCAAGAGUGAAAAGCAAGUGAAGAAGAUAGGCUGAGAAGAAAAGAGCCGGCAGGAGAAAGAGAAGAGCAAGAAGAAAAAAGCAGGGAAAACAGAGCAGGAUGGCUACCUGAAACCCACCACAAAACACUUCGCUCAGAGUCAGAAGUCCGUGACCGAUCUGCUGGGGUCCUUUGAAGGCAAACGACGACUUCUUCUGAUCACCGCUCCUAAGGUUGAGAACAACAUGUAUGUGCAACAGCGAGAUGAGUAUCUGGAAAGCUUCUGCAAGAUGGCCACCAGGAAAAUCUCCGUGAUCACCAUCUUUGGCCCUGUCAACAACAGCACCAUGAAAAUCGACCACUUCCAGCUAGAUAAUGAAAAACCCAUGCGAGUGGUGGAUGAUGAGGACCUGGUAGACCAGCAUCUCAUUGGUGAGCUGAGGAAAGAGUAUGGAAUGACCUAUAAUGACUUCUUCAUGGUGCUCACAGACGUGGACCUGAGAGUCAAGCAAUACUACGAGGUACCCAUAGCAAUGAAGUCUGUGUUCGAUUUGAUCGAUACAUUCCAGUCCCGAAUCAAAGAUAUGGAAAAGCAGAAGAAGGAGGGCAUUGUUUGCAAGGAAGACAAGAAGCAGUCAUUGGAGAACUUCCUGUCCAGGUUCCGAUGGAGGAGGCGGUUGCUGGUGAUCUCUGCCCCUAAUGAUGAAGACUGGGCCUAUUCACAGCAGCUCUCGGCCCUCAGUGGCCAGGCCUGCAAUUUUGGUCUGCGUCACAUAACCAUUCUGAAACUUUUAGGGGUUGGAGAGGAGAUUGGGGGAGUUUUAGAACUGUUCCCAAUUAACGGGAGUUCUGUUGUGGAGCGAGAAGACAUAUCAGCCCAUUUGGUGAAAGACAUCCGUAACUAUUUUCAAGUGAGCCCGGAGUACUUCUCCAUGCUUCUAGUUGGAAAAGAUGGAAAUGUCAAAUCCUGGUAUCCUUCCCCAAUGUGGUCCAUGGUGAUUGUGUAUGAUUUAAUCGAUUCGAUGCAACUCCGGAGACAGGAAAUGGCCAUUCAGCAAUCACUGGGGAUGCGCUGCCCAGAAGAUGAGUACGCAGGCUACGGUUACCAUAGCUACCACCAAGGAUACCAGGAUGGUUACCAGGAUGACCACCGUCAUCAUGAGAGUUACCACCAUGGCUAUCCUUACUGAACAGAAACACGUAACCGUGGCCCCAGCCAGUUUCCCCUGCAGCUGUUAAAGCCACAAGUGGCCAGCUUUGCAAAGGAGUUCUUCCACACUGCCUACAUUCCCUGCCUUUUUCUUUCUGUGUUCUUCCAAGAUUAAAUAAAUAGCAAACUUUUGCCUACUUGUGAGUUGUUAUUGAAAC